GAGCGCUUUCUCCGGUCGGAGAGCUCCCCGAGAUUCGGGAACUUAGUCUCAUAAAAAGAAGUUCCGAACUACCCUGCGAACCUCUAGACAUGGCUAUGAGGAGUUCGGUCUCCGUGCUCAAGAGACUUCGCGCUCUGAUGAAGGUUCAACCCGAAGGAAUCUCCGCCUACAUUAUUCCGCAUUCGGACGCUCACAUGAAUGAGUACAUUUCAUCGAACGAUGCCCGACUCGAAUUCUUGAGUGGUUUCACCGGAUCGUGCGGAACGGCCAUCAUCACCGAGGAGCAUGCCGCACUAUGGACCGACGGCCGGUACCACAGUCAGGCGGAGAAGCAGCUCGGCCAGCAGUGGACUCUGAUGAAAGAGGGUCUCUCUGAGACUCUAGAACCACACCAGUGGCUUUCGAAGGUCCUCCCGGCUAAAGGGAAAGUGGGGGUCGACUCCCUGCUGAUUUCGUAUUCGAAAUGGACGGAACUCUCACGGAAACUUGGUAGUGCCGGUCACAAGCUCGUGCCCGUGUCCCAAAAUCUCGUCGAUAGUGUCUGGGACGAUCGCCCUCCAUCUUCAGAGACUCCUGUCGAGGUUUUGCCGGUCGUGUACACCGGUAGAACCUGGCAGGAGAAAUUGUCCGAUGUUCGCCAAGACAUGAAAGAGAAAAAUGCGCAAGCCUUGAUCGUGACCGCAUUAGACGAGACUGCCUGGCUCUUCAAUCUGCGCGGGGGCGACAUCGAAUUCAACCCCGUAUUCUUCGCGUAUGCCGUGAUUACCAUGAAAUCUGCCCAUCUCUUUGUGGACGAGAAUAAAAUCACCGCCGGACUCGAGAAACAUUUGACUCUCUCGGAAAACCAAUCGCCCAAAAAUUCCAUGGACACCAACUGUGGCAACGGAUCCGUGGAUAUACAGCCUUACUGGAUGUUUAAGGACUUUUUGACGAUGUUCAUGCAACAACAGUCCGGUCGCAUUUGGGUGUCCCCGAGCUCAUCAUACGGCAUCGUAUCCUCGAUUCCCGAAGAGAGGCGGCUCCUGGAGGAAUCACCGAUCCAAUUGAGAAAAGCCGUGAAGAAUCCCAUCGAGAUCGAAGGGAUGAAAAAAGCUCACGUUCGGGAUGCAGUCGCUCUCAUAGAAUUUCUAGACUGGAUGGAAAAAGAAGUCCCGAAAGGUGGAGUGACGGAAAUCUCAGCAGCAGACAAAUUGGAAUCGUUACGUCGACAACAGAGCGACUACGUCGGCUUGUCCUUCGCUACCAUCAGCGCGUCUGGACCGAACGCGGCCGUGAUCCACUACAAACCGUCGAGAGAGUCGGACAGACCGGUCACCACCGAUGAAAUCUAUUUGGUGGAUUCCGGAGGUCAGUAUCGGGAUGGGACGACUGACGUCACUCGUACAGUCCAUUUUGGAGUCCCAACGGAUAAAGAACGAGAGUGCUACACGCGGGUGGUCAAAGGAGCCAUCGCUCUCAGCACCACCAAGUUCCCACGCUUGACGAAGGGCAACAUGAUCGACACCUUAGCUCGAAAAAGCCUCUGGGACGUCGGGUUGGACUACAUGCACGGAACAGGGCACGGAGUCGGGGCGUACCUGAACGUACACGAGGGACCGUUUUCCAUCUCCUUUAAGGAAAAUCCCAAAGAUCCGGGAUUGAGGGAGGGCAUGUUCACCAGUAUCGAGCCAGGAUAUUACGAAGACUCCAGCUUCGGGAUUCGUCUUGAGAACAUCGCGCAGAUCGUUUUUGCGGACACGAAAUAUCAAUUCAAACAGAAGCAGUUCCUGACUUUUGAGACGAUAACUCUUGUGCCGGUUCAGAAGAAAUUACUCAACCCUACAAUGUUGACUGAAGCUGAGAUUGAGUGGCUGAACACUUAUCAUGAACAAUGUCGCCUCGUGGUUGGUCAAGUACUCGAAGAUGAGGGCAAGGAGUCCGUUUUGCAGUGGCUUAUGAGAGAAACUCAACCACUUGGCUAAUCGAGCCUCGGUGACGAACAAAAAGUGAACGCGAACCGAAGGGAACGGGUCACGAAAAGCAAUAAAUUCGUACAACAUUGGGCCUGCAGCGGAGGCUGGCGGAAAUUCUCACAGAACAAGCAAUAGAACGCUGGCUGAACUUCUGACACGCGGCCAACGGGACUGUAGAUGAUGCUAGAUGCUAGCGUAGCUUAGUGAGGCAGGGGCGUCUAACCGAAAGGUUGGCCUUCUAAAGGCAUUUGGUGUAUAACACCGCGGAGGACGAGUACAUUUUUGAUCGAAGUAACUAAUUGAUCAAAAUACAUCAGGUGAUUAACAAAU